ACCCACUGCAUAAAAAGAACGAACUGAAGCGUUACAUGUUCCUUUCAUGCUUCACGCUCUCUGCCCUGCUUCCGCUCAACCUCGUCGUGCAGCUGUUGUGCCGCUGAUCUUCAUAUCAGCUAUCGCUCAUUGUUCUCAUAUGCUUUCCAAGUUUGCCCGUGGUUGUAUACCGAAUUUAAAAGCUCUUCAUGUUGUCAGAAUUGGAUUACAAGUUAAGUGAGGAUUAGUUUUGGACUUGUUCAUAAAUAGAACGAAAUACCUUGGAGAAACUGAUGUUGCACUUUACAUUGCUGCAGUCAUUUAUGAUCCUGUUCGCAUAGAAAAUAUUUGGAUAUCACUCAGAAUUUUUAAGAUUCAACAUGACAGCUCAGAUACAAAACACUCCUUCCCGGCAUCUUGCUUUCAUUUCUUUAGCUUUGGGUUUUCUAGUUAUUUGGACUGCAGUUCUUGCUGGUGUUUUGGUGUCUCGUACUUUAAAGGAUGAAGCUUGUGCGAAAGAAACGACUAGAGUUUUCCAUUCUCAUGAAGAUGUUGGCAAAAUAAUAUUUGCUCUUGGACAUGAAUUAGUUUCAACUGUGGACUGGAUGUUAUCAACCACAAACAAAUCUGAUGUGGACAAUAUCAUUGUGACUUGGAAAAUUACGAACAGUGUGAUGAGCAAGAUAAAAGAAGACAGCGUGGAUCGCUGGGUAGCCAGUAUAAUUUCAAUGUUGGAUACGCUGCAGGAGAGAUUAACUAUUUUCAGAGAGUCUAUUUCUGAUUCAAAGUCUAAUCCUUUAUCUACAGUUAAAUUUUAUCUGGAUUUAUGCGACUGGAUUUUACAAAGAUGUUUCUUACUAGAUUAUACAGGACAGCAUCUACCUGUACCUAAUUUACCAUAUACUUUAUUUGUAAGAGGUAUGGCACAAAGAUUUGGUGAGCUUGCUCUUGGCACAAUAUAUGUGAAAUCUGACAUUCCUAUUAAUAAAUCUGAGUUUUUUAAAUUAAGAACUGGCAGUGAAGAACUAAUGGAGGCUUCUUUCCACUUUACUCCACGGGCUCGUACAAAAUGGAUGGAACUUCAGGAGCAAGAGCCUGGAGUUCAGAAGGUGAUGACAGCAGUUGUUGAAGACAUUCUUUCUGGUAGUUCUUUAAAAGGACAAAAAGAAUUGGCUAAUAAUUAUUUAGAUUGUGUGAAAGAACAAAUAGCAAUGUUACUUCUUACUAAAGAAGUAUUAAAUGCAUCUCUGUCAUCUUGGGUUGAAAGACUAUCCCAGCGAUCUCAUAAUACACUUGCUUUUCACAUGUCUAUUGCCAUAGUUGCUGUUGUGGCUGUUAUAUUGUGCUUAGUAGUUACAAGCUGUUCUUGCAGUUACUUAAGUAAAGGACAACCUGAUGUUGAAAAACAUAAUAGUCAAAUGCCUUAUAGUGUAUUAGAAAAAUCUGUUCUGUCAUCAAAUAUGAAACCUCAAUGCUAUAUGUAGAAUUUUGUACAUAGAAAUUCCUUGUAGUAUAACAUUAUUUAUUAUAUUUGUAUAAAUGUAUGUAGAUUUUAAAUAAAGUGCUUUUAUAUUUA